AUGCCUCAAGACGAGAUCGUAAUAAUUGGAAAGGAUAUGCCCUCAUGCAUGCUUGACAAUGUUCUAGCUAUUAUUCAAUCGGUGUUUAAAUCCAAUGCAAAAUCAAAAGAAAGUGUUCAUCGGGUCGUGCGUAAUGCCUCAGAGAUGCUGUCGAAGCGUUUGAAGAAGCUGGAAGACCGUGACUGGCAAGUUGCUGUAGUGAAAGGAUCCGUUUCCUCCACGUGUGUUCAUAAGCCUGGGCGUUUGUUGACAGCCUACUAUAAACCCUACACUGUUCUCAUCUGGCAGUCAAAGUAG